UUCCACAAGUGCAAAAUUUUAGAAGCUUUCCAUUUCUCUAAGUGAUCGCACGCAACAUUUUUGCACUCGUCGCUGGUUCAAAUGUUAAAAUAUAAAUCACUUGUUUGAAAUUUAAAAAUUUUAAUCGUUAGAAAUGGAGAAAAGUACCAAGUAUGAAAGUGGCAAAAAAGAUUCCUUUUUUGGUGCCCGACAUGUCCAGUGUUUCAUGGUUUUCCUUGGCCUUACUGUCGCCUUUACACACCGCGUUAAUUUUUCGAUGGCAAUUGUGGCGAUGAUGGACCGUAAUUCAACAAAUCCGGAUUUCGAGGAAUACAAUUGGUCAGAGCAAACGAAAUCAUACCUACUCAGUAGCUUCUUCUGGGGCUAUUUCAUUACCCAAAUACCCGGCGGUCAACUGGCACACAAAUAUGGUGGCAAAAUUAUGUUGCUGGUAAGCGUGACCGUCAGCAGCUUUUUGGCAAUACUAACACCACUUAGCGCACGCAUCGGCGAUUGGAAAUUAGUUUUUGCAUUACGUCUUACGCAAGGUCUCGUACAGGGUUGCAUUUUUCCCUCAACACACACGAUCCUCGCCAAGUGGGUGCCACCCGAUGAACGCGGUUCAAUUGGCACCUUCUGCUAUACGGGCGUACAAUUCGGCAGCGUUGUUAUAAUGGCCGUGAGUGGUGCCAUUGCCUCAUCCUCUUUCGGUUGGCCUGGUAUUUUCUAUAUAUCGGGUUUGGUUAGUCUACUUUGGGCUAUUGUAUGGUACAUCGUUGGCGCUAGUUCGCCGAGUGAACACAAAUGGAUAACAGAUUAUGAGAGACUAUAUAUCGAAUCUGCUUUGGUGACAUCGGCGAAACCAGAAGAGGAGACCGCACACACAAAGACACCAUGGCUAAAGAUAUUGACUUCUGUGCCCUUCUUAGUUAUAUUGGUGGCGCAAACCUCAUUUGGAUGGGGAUUUUGGACACUGCUCAUACAAAUACCCUCGUAUAUGAAAAAUAUUCUCGGGCAGGAUAUCAAGAGUAAUGCGCUUAUGUCGGCAUUGCCUUAUCUCGUUAAUAUGUUUUUGACUUUCGUCUUUUGUGCGUUGAAUAACUAUCUUAUAAAGCGAGAAUACAUCACCAUACAUACGAGUCGUAAACUUUUCAACACCAUCGGUUUCUGGGUGCCGGUAGUGCCACUCAUACUACUCGGUUACAUGCGCGAAGGUCAAAGCAGUUUGGCGCUUGGCCUACUCGUCAUCACAAUUGGCACGAAUUCGGCAGCAUAUUUGGGUUUCCUCACCAAUCACAUUGAUUUGUCACCCAAAUUCGCUGGCAUUCUAAUGGGUGUGGCCAACUGUAGUGCGAAUUUCAUUGCCGUUAUAGCACCCUUACUUGUAGGGUUCAUCGUCACUGAUACGGUAAGUGUAUGAGCUUGAAAUGGGGAAACAUUUGGCGAGGUUAUCGAGAUGAGGUUAUAGAUUUGUAUCUAAAAAGAAAGCUCUUAAAGACGUAGUGAUUUAACCUCCU